UCCUAUUCCUAGUCCCGCCUCGCAAGCCUCCUCCUUGGCAUGCUCUCGCCGUUGCCUCUGCUCAGGCUCCGCUCAGGUGCUCCCUUCUUUCCCUCCCCUGCUCCAUUGCAUUCUCGCCGUGGCCUUUGCAUCGCAUCCUUGCCUUCCUUCCUCCAUCAUCCGUGGGGAUAGCCAACGAGAUCUUUGCGGCGGACAGAGACAUACGCGAUGCGUGCUAUAUCUCGUCUCGUGCCGUGAAAAGCUCCCGGCCUUUGUGGUCUCGGCUGGCUCUGCACGGCGUCCCGGUUCCUCUGCCCAGAAAAUGUUUUCCUGGAUCCUAUCAAGGAUUGUGAUUGGUGAAUAAGGCCGUGUCUUCUUGUUCAAAUACGCAUUUGCCGGUGUUCGUUCUGAAGAAACUCUGUUCCAGCGAUCGUCGCCACAUGCUGUGUGUUGAUUCGAUCUCCAGCGUCUUUGGAAGCAAUUCGAGGAUGGCCGACCACUUCGCGCUGAUGACGGGCCGGCUGCUCACCGAGUCGACACUCCGGUCCGCCAUCCAUGAGGCCUCCGCCGUCCCUGCCACGACGGCUGGUUAUGAAUAUGACCAGCCAGACCCCUCCUCCGUUCCAGAAGAUGUUCAGCUGGGCAUGGGCAAGGCAGAGAGUGGUGUCAUGGUGGAGUGCAGAAUCUGCCAAGAGGAAGCUGACGAGGCCUACAUGGAGACCCCCUGCUCCUGCAAGGGCAGCUUGAAGUACGCUCACCACAUAUGCGUCCAGCGGUGGUGUAAUGAGAAGGGAGACACCAUAUGUGAGAUAUGCUUGCAGCAAUUCACACCAAACUACACUGCUCCUUCGAAGUUGUUUCGGUAUGGAAGGAACCCAAUUAGCUUCAGGGGAGCUGGAGAAAGACCAGAAAAUCGCAGUACUAGUUACGGUCAAACUGUGGAUCAAGCUGAUGGCGCAUCAAGCUUUGACACUCAAAGUUCCAACCCGAAAGGUGUCAUAUACUGCCGUGUAGUUGUCAUAGCUUUGAUGGCCUUGUUGGUGCUCCGUGAGGCAAUCUCGCUUAUCCUCGACGGUAAAGAAGCGCACUCAAUAGAGCUAAUCACUCUGCUGCUGAUGUUCAGAACGGUCGGAAUUGUGAUACCAGUCUACAUCAUCUUGAUAUCAGUUACUGCAUUGCUUCAUCGAUGUAAUCAACAACAGGCAGUGCACGAGACGCCGGUUUCAGAACCUGCAGGAGGAGGGGGCUUACAGCCGAUGCCACCUCAACAGCAGCAGCAUAUCAUCAACAUCCGGUAGGAAGCUGCAGGCUGACUCGUUGUCAGACUCUGUAAAUAUCUGAGAAAUGUUCUAUGAGCUCAGUCUUCAGGGGGGCUCAAAUGAAGUUUGAGCUUCAGGCUUGUCAUGAUAGAAUAUGGAAGAUACAAAAUCAUUGUGAUUGACUGUGCAGUGAUUUAUAGAAGUUUCUUUGUACAUAGGGAAACCUACAACACAGCCACUCAACUUCACAAGUUAUGAAGAUGAAGUUGGCUACUGGGGAUCAGUGAAAAAUAAAGCGUUUGACAGCCC